UUUACAGCCUUGAUCAAUGAUUUGAUUUUCUUUUGGGUAACAGAGAUGAUUCCUGAUCGUUACAAGAACUUCUUUCCUUCAUCUGAAAAUAUUGACAAACCAUUGGACUAUGAAGAUGGAGAUGAACAUAGUUCCAAGGAAAAAAAGGGACAUAUUCUGUGGAAAAAAGUGAAAUAUCAACUUGUUGAGUAUCACUCAUUGCCUGGAUAUUUAAGGGACAAUGAAUUCAUCCAUGGCUACUAUCGUGCAGAAUGGCCAUUGAAGCAAACCCUCCUCAGCAUCUUUAAAAUCCACAAUGAAACUCUUAAUGUCUGGACGCAUUUGAUUGGAUUCUUCCUUUUUCUCUUCUUAACUGUAUACACGGCCAUGAAGGUUCCUGAUGUUGCAGACAUUAGUCCUCUGCAGAAUUUACAUGAUAUGCUGCAAAAAGCAGAUUUCCACAAGAUUCAUUUACAACUUAUGAAUUGUCUUCCUUCUUUGCCAAAUAUACCUGAUCUUCAGAAAUUCAAGACGGAGUUGAAGUCAUCUCUACUUUCCAUGGAAUUCCUUUCAACUCUUUCUGGGAAUAUCAUGGAACGUCUCACUGCCUGCUUGUCCGACCAAAUCACUCGGAUGUAUCAUCUGGAUGUUAUGAUUCUCUCUACGAGAAAAUUGAUUAUGUUUCAUAAAUUGCAGAAGCAAGGUUUCAGCGACGAUGGGUCGAAAAUGAUACCUCAGCUGAUGUUUCAUCCCAUUACAAGAUGGCCAUUCUUUGUCUUCUUAGGAGGAGCUAUGUUCUGCUUAUUAGCCAGCAGCAUCUGCCAUCUUCUCUCUUGCCAUUCGGAGCGAAUGUCUUACAUAGUUCACAGAAUUGACUAUGCAGGAAUUGCAGCUCUUAUUGCAACCUCGUUUUAUCCUCCUGUCUACUACUCAUUCAUGUGCAACCUCUUCUUCUGCAACCUUUAUCUGGGAUUCAUAACAGUAUUAGGCAUUGCCACCAUUGUUUUCUCUCUUCUUCCUGUAUUCCAGAGGCCACAAUUGCGAGGCUUUCGAGCUAGUCUCUUCUUCGGAAUGGGGAUGUCAGGUGUAGCACCUAUUCUUCAUAAGCUGAUACUCUACAGGGAUCAGCCUGAAGCUCUGCAAACUACUGGUUAUGAAAUCCUGAUGGGGAUUCUAUACGGGCUUGGAGCAUUGAUUUAUGCUACGAGAAUUCCUGAGAGGUGGAAGCCUGGCAAGUUUGAUAUUGCUGGCCAUAGUCACCAGCUUUUUCAUGUCUUGGUUGUGGCUGGUGCUUAUACACACUACCAAGCUGGGCUUGUGUAUCUAAGAUGGCGAGACUUGCAUGGUUGCUAGAGUUUCAGAGGCACCCAAAUGGCUGCUUAACAAGUAGUGAAGUGAAGAAGAAUUUCUUCAUACUUAAGCCAAAAAUAUAUGUUUAGUUGAACAGAUUUCUACUUUCAUUGAGAGUCAAUCUCAAGACCUCCCACUUGGAUAUGGAAGCUUGAUGCUUAGUAUUUCCAUAUUUGAUAGGGUUUUUAGUCUUUGAAGCUUUGUUACUAUUAACAACUUUGAUGCUUGUAUUUGGAAAUUAAACUAUUUAGUCCAUUAUCUGUCACAAUUUUAGAUUUUCCAUCUAUUUU